AUGGCCACCAGCAUCAAGGAUUUCCUGUACGCAUGGCUGGGGAAGAACAAGAAAGUGUACCCGCAGUACAAUACGUCGGGGAUGAAUCGUCAAGGCGCCCAAAGGUUUAAAUGCGAGCUGCGCGUGCCUGGCUUCAGUUACACGGGGCUCGGCAAUUCGCAGAACAAAAACGACGCGGCGACAAACGCGGCCAUCGACUUCACAAAUUACCUGGUGCGCGAGGGACACGUCCAGCAAAAUGAAGUGCCAAUGUUGACGGCUUCAUCUCUCGAGGCGACAAGCGCUGCGCCCAUGCCGUUCGGCUCAUGUUUUGGCGAUGGCCCGCCGCAGCCGAACUCAUUCAAGCCGGACCCGGGGACACCACAAACCGGAAACGGCGGCGGCUAUGGCGCGAGCGACUGGGCGCCGCAGGAAAACCAGCAGAGCUUCCAAGUACAGCGCACCCAGCACGAGAACUACAUCAACCAAAAGGCCGAAGAAAUGGCAAAGUCUGAAUCCGUCGACUUCCGCGCGGAUCUGCACGGCGGGUGGACGAUCGAGAACAGCAAACAGGCCGUCAACGAAUUCCUGGCCAAGCUCAAAAUGCCGGCGAUCAGCUACGCGCCCAGGAAAAUGGAGGGCGGCAUGUCGAGCACGUUCAUCUGCGAGGUGACACAGCGACUGCCACAGUUGAAUACAGUGAUCACCGGUCGCGGGCAGGGCUCCACGAAGAAGGUUGCCGAAUCGCAAUGCGCUGCAAAUGUAAUGCGGCAACUCUUCCACAAGGGUCUCGUCAAGGCCUUUUCCGGGAAUCGGGUCAAGCGGAAUGCCAGUAAUCUCCCAUCCCUCCCAAUUCCGGAAGACCCCGAAUUAUUCGAGCGCGUCAAGGCCUACAUCAACAAGCGCGAGCUUCAGCCCGUCAAAGCCGACUUAGCGUCGACGCCCGAGCUUCCGCAAAGCUUACUGAUCGACACAAAACUGGCGGCUUUCGAGGAGGUGGAGGCGUUCCCCGGCGGCAACAUCUCCUGGUGCCCGGCCACCCAGAAUUGGAAUCCCUGGCGCGCGUGUAAUAUUGACGCUCCGCCGCUGGCUUUUCAAUCCCUGCAACAAAUCAGCCAGGACUUGGCGCAGGAGGAGCAGCAAAAGUCGCUCGACGCCCGGAUCCAAGAAACUCGCCAACAUCUACCAGUUUACGGCUAUUACGAUCAGUUAAUCGCAACAAUCGAACAGAAUCAAGUGACGCUGAUCAAGGGCGAGACCGGGUGCGGCAAGUCGACGCAAGUCCCGCAAUACCUCCUCGAACACUACAUCCGAGAGGGUCGUGGCGCCGAGUUUGCGGCUUUUGUGUCGCAGCCUAGAAGAAUUUCCGCGAUUUCGCUGUGCGAGCGUGUCGCUGCCGAACGAGGCGAGCAACCCGGCUAUUCGAUUGGUUACAGCGUUCGAUUCGACGGCGUCACCCCGCGCCCCUACGGCGCCAUCAUGUUCUGCACGGUCGGCGUGCUGCUGCGGCGUAUGGAAAGUGGGCUCCGCGGCGUCAGCCACGUUUUCAUUGACGAGAUCCACGAACGUGAUAUAAAUACCGACUUCGUGCUCGUCGUCCUCCGCGAGAUGGCCAAGGAGCACCGCGGCGUGCGCUUCGUGCUGAUGUCGGCCACGAUUGACACGGAAAUGUUCCAGAACUUCUUCGGCAACUGCCCGGUGAUCGAGAUGGAGGGCCGGACGUUUCCGGUGCAACAAUUCUUCCUGGAGGACAUCAUCAAGAACCUGAACUUUAUGCCCGACCGCAGCAGCCGAGCCGUCAUGGCCGACGAGGAGGGCGGCGAGGAAGCCGAUCCGGGAGAUACGGCCAGCAAAAAUCUGCUCCUCCAAAUCGGGCCCGAGUACCCGCCGUUCGUCCGCCAGGCCAUGCAGAACAUGAGCGAGCGUGAGGUCCCCUAUCAGGUCAUCGAGGCAAUACUGACGGACAUUGACCAGCGUGGCGUCGAGGGCUCGGUGCUCAUCUUCUUGCCCGGAUGGCAGGAGAUUCAAUUUGUGAUGACCGGCCUGCAGCAGAGCCCGAUCUUCGGAAACUCUCAAAAAUACUUGGUGUUGCCGCUGCACUCGCAGGUGUCGUCGUUCGAGCAGCGGAAGGUGUUCGACCGCUAUCCGGGGCAGAGAAAGAUCAUCCUCUCAACAAACAUUGCCGAGACGAGUGUCACAAUCGAUGACGUCGUCUUUGUCAUCGAUUCCUGCAAAGCGCGCGAGAAGAUGUACACCUCGCACAACAACAUGGUCCACUUUGCGACGGUGUGGGCGUCGAAGACGAACCUGGCGCAGAGGAGAGGACGAGCCGGUCGUGUGCGUGAUGGCUACGCUUUUCACCUAUGCACGAAGGCGCGCUAUGAAGCGCUCGAGCAGCACCGAAUGGCCGAAAUGUUGCGCACGCCGCUACACGAGAUCGCGCUGACGAUCAAGCUGCUCAACCUCGGCUCGAUCGGCGACUUCCUCGCCAAGGCCAUCGAGCCUCCGCCGGUCGACACGGUGAUAGAAGCAGAAGUGGUACUCAGAGAAAUGAACGCGCUCGACCGGCACAGCGAGCUCACCCCGCUCGGUCGAAUCAUCGCCCGGAUGCCCGUCGACCCCGUGAUGGGCCGAACUAUCGUCUUGGGCUGCGCUAUGGGCGUUGGUGCCCCGAUGUGCGACGUGGCGGCCGCCUCCUCCUUCUCGGCGCCCUGGGUGUUCCCCAUCAAGGAGCGCAGCCGGUUGACUGGGGCUCAGAGAUCCUUUGCCGGGGCCCGCUGGUCUGACCACAUCGGGCUUCUCGGGCUAUGCCACGCCUACAGAGGCGCCAUGGAGGGCGGCCCGCAAGGCGAACGGCAAUUCUGCGAUCGCUACUCGGUCAGCGGCCCGAUUUUGAAGCAGUGCACUGGCGCCAAGCAGCAACUCGUCGAGAUCCUCAUCAACCAGUGCGGCUUCCCCGAAGACGUCAUGUGGGACCCCGAGUUGAACAUGAACGGCGAGGACGCGAACAUCGACCUGAUCCUGGCCCUCCUCGUCCAGUCCAUCUACCCGAAUGUCGGCUACUACAAGGGCAAGCGCAAGAUCUGCACCCUCGAGCAGGCCACCGCCCUCCUCACCAAGCAGUCCAUCCUGUCGCCGUUCAAGGGCGAAGAUGUGGCCCUGCCGUCGCCGUUGUUGAUCUUCACCGAAAAGCUGCGAACCAAGUGCAUCUCGUGCAAGAACCUUUCCGUCAUCACCGGCAUCCAGUUGCUGCUCUUUGGCGCGAGGCGGGUGGAGUGCGUGGGCGAGGACGCGGUCCGAAUUGAUGAUAUGAUACACCUGCGGAUGAACCCCGAGCACGCUGCCGCCAUCCUGGCCCUGCGCCCCUGCGUCGAGGCGCUGCUCAUCGACGCGUGCAUGGAGCCGUCGAGCGUGGCGACGCUCAGCGAGGUCAACGCCGAGCUGGUCGACAUCAUUCGCUGUCUCUGCUCACAAAAGUUCCUCGCUAGCCCCGACGCGCCGAAGGACAACAUCCUGGCCGACUGCGUGACGGAGGCGACGGCGCAGCGCGGCAUGUCGCGCCCAAGUGGCGGCUAUCGUGGCGGGCCACCUGGCGGUGGCUACAGAGGACGCGGAGGAGGCUUCAACUCUGGCGGCGGGUUCAACCGGGGCGGCAGCGACGGCUUCCGAGGCGCCGGCCGAGGACUUCGAGGUGGUCAGCAGUCGUUUGGAGGCGGCGGUGACGGCUUCCGUGGCUCGAGUCGAGGAUUUCGAGGCGGUCAGCAGUCGUUUGGGAGCGGAAGCGGAAACGGCUUCUCUGGUGGCUCGAGCCAGGGAUUCGCCAACGGCAACGGAUCUUCUUUCGGUGGCGGAGGCUACCAGCCGUACGGCGGACCGCGCGGAGGCGCUGGCAGCGGCUUCAACUCGGGACCCCGUGGAGGCGGCUCGCGCGGCUUCAACUCGGCGCCCCGGGGCGGUGGUGGAGGCGGCUGGUUU